AUGACAAGCACAGCUAUUGAAGGCCUAACUCAAACACGCGAUUCGAUAAACGUAGAUGAUCUUGUUGAGGCAACUCAUCACGUCUCCUUGGAUGAGCAAAUUGAGUAUUUGGUGAGAAAUCGUCAAGAUAUCAGCAUCACUAGAUCACGUAAUCGACCAACCGAUCUCACUGGUACCGAUGAAGAAGGUUUAGCUUUUCUUCCUGAAAGUUCCAAAAGAAGAAUGGUAGCAGAUGGUGUUGACAUAUCCCAUGGAUACCCCGAGGUACCAGGUAGAUCUGAAAUUCCAGUUUAUGUUGACCAGGCUCACGCUAUAAGGGAUCACGAUAUGCCAUUCACUGAACGAGCAUUAAAUGCUGAUCCUCAAAAGAAGGCAUUACUUGGCGCUGCUGAAGAGGUUCAUAACUUAACUGCUAAUAUUGGUACUGAAAUCACUGGCUUGCAACUAGUCGACUUGACUGACGAGCAGAAGGAUGAAUUGGCAUUAUUAGUUGCCGAGAGAGGAGUGGUCUUUUUUAGAAACCAAAAGUUACCUCCAAAGACUCAAAGAGAUUUGGGUGAAUAUUGGGGUAAUCUUGAGGUUCAUCCUCAGACACCUCAUGUUCCAGGCCUACCCGGAGAAAGUGUAAUUUGGGUGGAUUACUGGAGAAAGCAUGGAAUGAACAUUAACUUCAAGAACUGCAAUUAUGGCAAUUUUGAUGUUGUCAGAUAUGGCUCUGUCGGUAACCAAGUCUGGCAUACUGAUUUAGUUCACGAAAGGCAACCUGCCGGUAUUACUCAUCUUCAUCUAGAUGCAAUUCCAGAAGUUGGGGGCGAUACUAUCUGGGCUUCCGGAUAUGCUGCCUAUGAUAAGUUGUCUGAAGAGAUGAAGAAGUUUUUGGAUGGUAAAAAAGCAGUCUACGUAUCUGCUCACUCAUACUUGGACAGAGACGAUCCGUUUGGAGGUAGGAAGAAAGUUGAAAGGGUUCAUCCUAUGGUGAGAACAAUUCCUGCAACGGGAUGGAAGACUCUUUUUGUGAACAGAGGAAUGACGAAGAGAAUCGUUGGCUUGACACCUGUAGAAUCAGAUGUCAUUUUGAACUACUUAUUUGAUGUCUACGAGAGGAAUGCCGACAUUCAGGUGAGAUUUAACUGGAAAUCGGAUCCUGGCUAUGGUACUUCUGCUAUCUGGGAUAACAGAUCAACUCAACACAGGACGAUUUGGGAUCAUGAAGGUCGCAUUUCCAGACAUGGAACUAGGGUUACAUCUUUGGCUGAAAUUCCAUAUUUUGACCCUGACUCAAGGUCUCAAAGAGAGGCACUUGGAUUGCCUAUUACAAAAGAAGAAUAA